GCGGGGGCGACUGGGACGAGCCUGCGGGGAGUCCAGCCAGACCUCGCUCGGCUACAGGUAAAGGGAUAAAAGGCGGGAACGAGACGCUGACAGCGUCUUCUACCCCGCGCCCGUCACGAGCGUAAGCGCGCGACCCCGCCUCCCCCGCGCAGGGUGGGGUGGAGUGGAGAUGCCUGAGCAGGCCGCUCCGUCCCGCGGCAGCCGCGCCUGCGCAGUUAACAGCCCGGCGGCCGCGCGAACCCCUCCCUUUCUCGCGCUGCCGGGAUGCCGAAGCUGAGCAAAGAGGCCAAGCUGCGGCUGCAGCAGCUCUUCAAGGGCGGCCAGUUCGCCAUCCGCUGGGGCUUCAUCCCCGUCGUGCUCUAUCUAGGUUUUAAGAGAGGUGCAGAUCCUGGAAUGCCUGAGCCAACUGUUUUGAGUCUACUUUGGGGAUGAAAGAUUGGCCAUACUGUACAGGAACCAUUUGAUGGACAGAGAAAAUGAAGAUGUGAACCUUCACAAGGCUAAGGAAGGAGUACACUUUAUCACUAUUACAUUAGCUGGCCUGAACAGCUUCCUGAUGGCAUAGAUGUACAUACAACAAAAUGGAAUUUAUAUUGACCUAAUUUAUUUGGUUUACAGUGAAAUUAAAUAAAUACAGUUUGAAUC